CAGGAGCUGGAGGCUGGGACUCCAGGACACGGGCAGGAUGGACAGGACAGUAGGACUCGGGGGAUGGAACCCCAGGACACAGGCACUGGGACACUGGGAUGGCGGGACCCGGACACUGAGACACCGGGACCUGGGCAUGGCAGGAUACCAGGAUCCAGGUAUGGAAAGACAUCAGGACUCGGGCACAGCAAGACACUGGAACCCAGGCAUGGGGAGAGAUCAGGACCAGGCACGGGGAAACAUCGGGACCCGGGCACGGGGAAAGAUCAGGACCCGCGCCCCGAGACCCCCCCUGGGGUCCAUGUCCCAGCCCCCAAACAGCGCCGGGGGAGUGCCCAGAGAAGGGACCCCGCACCCCCACCCCACCAACAUCUCCAGCCUCCGGGAGCUCUCAGACACGCCGGGAAAGGGCAGCAGCUCCUCGGACACCCCAGGGAGGGACAGCAGCAUAGACACCCCCGGUGGCAAUGGUGGGGUCCCUCCUGCAGACCCCCCAGUCCCCCCCCCGCCCACACACUGCUGCGGGACCGGCUGCCCCAACUGUGUGUGGGUGGGGAUAAAUCUCCCUCCCGAAAAGCCCCCCAGAGCAUCUCCGGGCUGUGGGACGGAGGGAGCAGCGCUGGCCUCGGGAACCGUGGGACUGUCAGGUGCAAGCAGCUGUCCCGUGCCAGCACCGGAUCCGCAGGGAACGCCGUGAGCUGGGGCUGGCUGCCAGCCCCCCCCAGAGCCAUGAGCCUGGAGCCCCCCAAGCUGGAGGUGAAAUCGGCCACGAGGGUGACCGGGGGUCCCGCCACCCCCCGCAAAGGACCCCCCAAGUUCAAGCAGAGGCAGACGAGGCAGUUCAAAAGCAAACCCCCCAAAAAGGGGGUGCAGGGGUUCGGUGACGACAUCCCAGGCAUGGAAGGGCUGGGAACAGACAUCACCGUCAUCUGUCCCUGGGAGGCCUUCAGCCACCUGGAGCUGCACGAGCUGGCUCAGUACGGCAUCAUCUAGGACUGGGGCAGGCCUGGCUGGGUCACCUGCCCCAUAGUGCUGUGUAGGUAGAGGCUUCUCCAUCUGUACAGUGGGGCUCUGCUUGGAAAAAUUAAAUCCUGAACCCCCAAACGAG